AUGGGCGGCCUCAGCGCCCGCCCGACCGCUGGGAGGACCGACCCGGCGGGGACCUGCUGGGGGCAGGACCCGGGGAGCAAGAUGGCCACGGUCAUCCCCGGCCCCCUGAGCCUCGGGGAGGAUUUCUACCGCGAGGCCAUUGAGCACUGCCGCAGCUACAACGCGCGCCUGUGCGCCGAGCGCAGCCUGCGCCUGCCCUUCCUCGACUCGCAGACCGGCGUGGCCCAGAACAACUGCUACAUCUGGAUGGAGAAGACCCACCGCGGGCCCGGUUUGGCUCCGGGACAGAUCUACACGUACCCGGCCCGCUGCUGGAGGAAAAAGCGGAGACUCAGUAUCCUGGAGGACCCGCGGCUCCGGCCCUGCGAAUACAAGAUCGACUGUGAGGCACCCCUUAAGAAGGAAGGCAGCCUCCCAGAAGGGCCGGUGCUCGAGGCGCUGCUGUGUGCUGAGACGGGGGAGAAGAAGAUGGAGCUGAAGGAGGAAGAGGCCAUUCUGGACUGUCAGAAACAGCAGCUGCUUGAGUUCCCGCAUGAUCUGGACGUGGAGGACCUGGAGGAUGACCUGCCUAGGAGGAAGAACAGGACCAAGGGAAAGGCAUAUGGCAUCGGGGGGCUCCGGAAACGCCAGGACACCGCUUCCCUGGAGGACCGAGACAAGCCGUAUGUCUGUGAUAAGUUUUACAAAGAAUUGGCCUGGGUCCCCGAGGCACAGAGGAAGCACACAGCCAAGAAGGCACCUGACGGUACCGUCAUCCCCAACGGCUACUGUGACUUCUGCCUGGGCGGCUCUAAGAAGACGGGGUGUCCAGAGGACCUCAUCUCCUGCGCAGACUGUGGGCGGUCAGGACACCCCUCGUGUUUACAGUUCACGGUGAACAUGACAGCGGCCGUACGGACCUACCGCUGGCAGUGCAUCGAAUGCAAAUCCUGCAGCCUGUGUGGCACCUCGGAGAAUGACGGUGCCAGCUGGGCGGGUCUCACCCCCCAGGACCAGCUGCUGUUCUGUGAUGACUGCGAUCGGGGUUACCACAUGUACUGCCUGAGCCCCCCCAUGGCGGAACCUCCAGAAGGGAGCUGGAGCUGUCACCUCUGCCUUCGGCACCUGAAAGAGAAGGCCUCUGCCUACAUCACUCUCACCUAGGCCUGGCCCUACCUCUUCUGGGCCUCCGGGCUGGUGCUUGACCGCCUGCCUCUCCGAGCUCCUCCACUCGCUCCCUUGCCACCCUCCUGGCCCACACUGCUAGGGACACAGGGUGAUGCCUGAGGGGGGGCUGGGCCAACCCUCCCCUCUCUGCAAGUGGAAUGUUGGCCCCUGUGGGUUGGGGGCCCCAGGGGGGCCCCUCUCCCUUCCUCCCUCCCUCCCCAUCCCUUGGCAAAUGGGCACCAGGAACUUUUACUCCCCUCAAAGCCAUACCCCGCCUCUAGGCGGGCAUGGGGGGUUGAUGGAUGCCAGCCAGGGCAUGGACAGAGCCUUUUUCUAAAGAAAAAGACAAAAA